AUCAUGGACUGUCGGGACACCCCUGGGCUUGUCGUGUCUGUGGUGAGGGAGGGGGAGACAUUUUCCCGGGCGUAUGGGAAGGCUGACGUGAGAAACAACAUCAGCACCUCUACGGACUCGAUCUUCUGUUUGGCCUCACUGACCAAGGCCUUCACGGCCACAUUACUGGCCGGACUUCUACCUGCGGAAUUCCCAGAAAGUAGAUGUGCUCCUGCACCGUUUGGGACACUCGGUGAAGAUAUCCUAGGAGAAGAGUUCCACUUCGUGGACGAUGUCCGGACUGAACUCACCACAGUCAAGGAUCUGCUGUCUCACCGGACAGGCUUAAUCCGGGGUGACCUUGGCAUCUACGGAGGCUAUCCGGAAACCGUUACACGCCGGGAGAUGGUCCAUCGUCUGAAUCAUCUUGAGGCGCGAUUCGGAUUCAGGGACAAGCUGUUGUACAAUAACUGGAUGUACAUGUUGGCCGGGUAUAUCGCAGAGGUUUUGUCCGGAGGGGAGUCCUGGGAGGAUUUGAUCGUCAAGAACAUCCUGGGACCCCUCGGAAUGGACUCGACCGUCUUUCUCAGGGACCUGCGACGUUACGUCAAUACUACGCUAGCCGUCCCGUACCGCGUGGUCAACGGAGACUUUCAUCCGUUUCCCCUGGAACAUUACAGUUUUCACCCAGAACAACCAGCGGCGUCCAUUUGUUCCACCGGAAAUGACAUGAUAAAAUGGAUGCAGUUUUUACUGAACAUCAAAAGUUUCGGGAUGACGCCGACCAACUUGGCGAAUACGUCCGCUUUUCAAGAUACGAUGACGCCGCAUAUGGUCAUGGAGACUUGGUUCGGAUUCGAUCCGCCGUUACCCGGCAACCCUCACUCCUACGGAUUCGGAUUCGGAUGGGUUAUUGGGAGCUACCGAGGUCAUCGCCUUGUGAACCAUGCAGGCGCUCUAUUAGCAUCGUCUUCUGUUCUGUGGUUGUUACCUGAUCAGAAAACAGGGAUUUUCGUCGCUGCAAAUCGUCAAGCAAGAGACCCGGUUCUGGCGCUGAUAGCCUACUAUCUGGCGGACGUGACGUCAGGGGAGACACCGUGGCUGAAUCACACGACGUCAUGCACGUUCCCGGAACCUUGGCGCGAGGUUCAGCCCACUGUAGACUUCCCUAGUAAGGCGCAUGCGCCGCAGCGUCCAUUAGAGGAAUACACCGGAACUUACGGAAAUAAGCUGUUCGGAGAUUUUCGGGUAUUUAUCCGCCAUGCCCAGAGCCGAGGUUGGAAAUUAAAUACGGGGAACAUUUCGAAGGGUUUUUGUUGCCGUCUGAAACCAAAGACACAUUCUCGGUGGCCCUGACGGGUGUGUACUGGUUUCUGACAGAGAAAAGUCCCAUUCCGGAUGCGGUGACCUUCAUAGAGGACUGGGACGGAACACUUCAGUACUUAACAUUCAUCAUGCAACAGGAGGUGAUAGAAUUCAAUCGCUGCGUCCGUUUUAAUGAUCAUAGCUCGUCUAUCGGCAGUAACUUGAAUUCUUCUGCUUUUGGACUGUGUCUGGCGGCACUGGUGGUAUUUUGCCAUUUAAGCUGGUCAAAAGAAACUGGAGUACCCAUCACGUUUUGACGCAUGACAUUUCUGUUUAGCUUACUUUUUAAUAAAACCAUUACACGUUUCUAUUGUAUGGUGAAUAUUAGCCCACUCUUGCUAAACUUGUCCAGAAGCUACGCUCUACAGACACAAACAGUUUGGAAUCAAUUCAUACCCGAAAAUGUCAAAUUUGAUAGAAAAUAGACCCCGAUAACGACAAACUGGCUAAACCCAGUGCAUUUUUUGUAGCCAUGUUUUCAGUACCUUGCUCACAAUACAUGUUGCUUCAAAAUUUACAAUAUUGUUUGAAAAUAAAACGCAUAUACCCUCUGGUACGUUAUUCUAUGAUUUCUUCGAAAGCCCAAGACGUAGAAGAAAAAAAGGAGACUGCACGACUUCUAGGGACAUAGUAGCACUUCUCUGAUCAUAUAUUGUAGAAGUUUAGUAUUCACAUAAUUGAGGACUUAUCCAUGGUUGCCACAGUGCAUUUAUUAUGGUCUUCUAAUUGUUUUGUCUAAUGUGCCGUACCAUCUCUCCUAAGUAUCAACUUUCAUUUUUAAGUUUACUGAUCAAACAUUGCGCAUAAAUGUAUGUUUACUCUUUCGUGGGAUUCACUAUACUGCAGUCUCAUAAUAUGACGAUGUGUCUUUCACAUUCACGCUUGUAAAUAUGCGUGCUUGGUGUCAAAAAACACAGAAAUGAAGACGAUGUUACAUUACUCAUUGCUUUCACCAAAUACAUCGUUUCCAACGACAUUUAUCCUCUCAUUAUGCGUGUUAACAUCACACAGGGUAUUACAAUUGAAACAGGAAGUACAUUGGUUUGUAUUUAUUGACAAAAACAAUGGUCCAAGGUGGUGGAAAUUUACUCAGUGCCCAUAACAAAACGAGGGCAAAAAGCCAAUUGUCGACCAGCUAUUUUAUGACGUCACAUCACUGUUUAUCAUAAAACAUUUCAAGUGGUUUGUAAUUUUUGUAUUUAUG